AGAUUUUCAUCUAUGUAUUUUAUUUUAAUUCUUAAUUAUCUUCGCCUACUAAAUUAUCUAUCAGUAUGGGAAAAAAUAAAUUCAUCGACAAGAAAAAAUCGGCGACGUUCCAGUUACUCGCCCGGGAUACUUCGGAUGCGAACUACUCAUCCGGACUCUCUAGUGACCGAGUUUUCGUGAGAGUCGACAAUAAUCAGUACAAAGUUGCGGCUUUUGAGGAUGAGGACCAGCAACGACGGCGUUCGUUUGAUGACCCAAAUUCAGUAUUCGACGACGCGCCGGAGGACUAUUACGAGUGCGGAUACCCUGGGAAUGGAGCUCGGACGGGGUCGUCGUUGCCGGACCAUGUAAGGAGGGAGAUACUUGAGCUAGGUUUGGACGAUGGAUACAAUUAUCUGAUGCAUUUGAGGGAGAUAAAGAAUUCCGGCGGCGGUUCUGUUUAUUAUCAGAAUCCCAAAGCUCAGCUUGGUCAUCUUCCUCCCGAUGUUAAGGCCUAUAAUGCAUCAAGGCUAGAAAUUUCAAGAGUGGAGGAUGAGUCCAAUGAGAAGUCUAUGUAUGCUGUUGCAUCCAAAACUCUAAAUGCAAAAGUUGAGAAAGUGGCUGAUGAUGACAUUGCAGCAUUACUAUAUGACAGUGAUUUGUCACAGUUUGGCUCUGAUAGAGAGGACUUGGAAGAGGACUUUGUGGUCAAAGCAAACCUUCUAGAAGGACCAUCUGACCUGGAACUUGGUAAAAAGCUGAGAUUGCUAGAGACGCGCAGGUUAAUAGGAGAAACUGUCGCAGGAUCUGUUACUGUUGAAAAUGAGAAGCCAAGGGUUCGCCGUCCUUUAGAUGAGCAGUUUGACUUGCUUGAACUUCAGGAAUAUGGUGCAGACAGUGAUGGUGAUUAUGGUGUUUAUGAUGACGCUGAAGAAGAUGCUUGUGAAGAAUCCCUCGCUGAGAAGCUUAAUCAUGCAUUAAACCGUCAUCUUGAUGGCUUAAAUAAAGAAGGAUUGGAGGAUCUGGAGUCACCAGAAUCUGCUGCAGAUGUCAUCCAAAGGUGCAGAGAAUAUGGAAAAUAUGAAAAUGAAAGUGAAGAUGAAAAGGAGGUGGUUUUUCAGGAAAGUAGUGAUGAAUCAGGUUGGGAUUGCGAGACUAUAGUUUCAACAUAUUCAAAUCUUGAUAAUCACCCUGGGAAGAUCGGAGCUCCAGAAACGAGAAAGAAGAAGCUAGCUGAAACCUUUGCUGCAACGUUGAGUUCUCCAGGACAUAUAAUAGCUCUUAAAGGCAAACAGAAGCUUCCUGUAGACUUUUUGCCCACUAGAAAAUCUUACAGAUAUGGUGAGGAUAUGAAUGGUCUGAGACCUGAGCAACCUCAGAGGAAACAACGUGGUCAAGAGACAAAGGAGGAAAAGAAAGAAAGAAAGGCUGCUGUCAAAGAAGAACGACGUGAGGCACGUCGUGUGAAAAAAGAAUUGAAGGGGGUUUACAAGUAUGAAGCAAAUCGUGCUCAGAAGGUUGCUGCUGUUGCUGGUCCAUCUUUGGUUCAUCUAAUGUGA